AUGGCAAGGCUCCUGAGCAAGGGGCUCGGUAAUCUUGCCGGCCCUGCGCGGAUCGCAGGAAGCGUUACCAACGCAGCCGGUAUCGCAAUCCAAAGGAAUAUGCCAAGUUGCAAUGCGACUUGGUACAACAACAAAUUCGUUGUGUCCACGAUUGGUCCCAACAGAGCCAACGUGGGGGAGAAGCCGGCACUAUCCAAGAGUGGGGUAUUCCUCUUGGCUGUCUCCCGCCUUGGCGUACACAUUGGUGGUGAAAAUGACGGUGACGACGACGACGAUGUUGUAUUUGUGUUAUAUCGUAUGUUGUUCUGA